AUGAGUACAAUGAUGAUAGAGUUAGUAUUGAAAGUUUUAGAUUUAGAAGUCAUUGUAGAAGAUAAAUUAAAUUUCAAAAGUCUGGCUUUGAAGGAGAAGGGCUUGGCGUGUGAAAACAUUCUGCAGAGGUCUUCCAUUAGGGGAACGAUAGUAGAAAUUGUAGUCGCCAUCUCUGGUUUACAGACGUCUAAGAGCCAACUUUAUUUUGUCGUUUUGUCAAUAAUACAUGAAAAACAACUGAAUAGGACACUUGAGUCUAGUCCCAACAUUACCGCUUCCAUCGUUAUGCAAAUAACUUCGAAGAAAUUACAGAGGGCAUCAAAAAAAGAACAAAAUAAUCUUCACAGAUGUUUAUUAUUAGCGAACACGGUUAAAAUACAACAAAAUAGGCCUAACGUAAGACCACAAAACAAAAAUGGAGCUGAAGAGUUCGUCUAG